UGCUUGGAGCUCUUAUCCAUAGAAUUGAAUGUUUUCAUGGAGAAUCGUGGUAACAAUGAAAGGAGAACACCUCGCCGAUUGUUCUCGUUUAAAAGGAAAGCGUCAAAAGGAUCCUUGCAUACAAUCGCUUCAGAACAGUCGGAAGGCAACGGAAAUUGGACCUUGCCGGACAUCACUGAAUCACCUCGUUCUGUAACACCUCGACCGACAACUCCCUUCAGUGAGCGGGACAAGCGCAAAGGUCCCCGGCCACCUCUUCCUCCAGUCGUCGUCGACACUACAGCCCGGUCCGUCACUCCGGAUGGCCUCCCUCCUUCUUCACCUUCAUCCAUCCGCUGGAACAGUCUCCGUCAGCACGUUCUCCCUCCUUCCAAGUCCACUCACUCACAACAAUCCUCCUCCGCAUCUCUCACUUCUAUCAGCGCUCAGGCAGCAUCGCGCACGGGCCAUGCUAAACAGUCGUCCAAGUUUGCUCAGCGGUUAGGGUUCCGAAAUGUCGUGGAUCAGGCUAAGCAAGUAAUGGUGGACGAGAUACAGCAGUUUGCUCAUGAUAUUCAGCGCGCAUGUAUGGCUGCAUAUCACAUAGAGCUUCCGCCCUCUGUGAAAUCAAGGAUAGACCCUCUACAUAUUCCGGUGGGCUCGACGUUGUCUUUGCCAUUUAUAUCAAGUACAAAUUUGACGGUUGGAGGCAUAACGGGCUCAGCCAACCCGUCACGUAGCGAUUUGCGGCAACCUUCAGUGUCUUCGAGUAUCGCUCCUGGUAGGGUCAGGCCUCUCUACCAAACCCUUAUCAACUACGCCGGCCCUUUCGCAGACGGUUCUUCUCCUCUUCCCCAACUUCCACUGGAGUCUCUCGUGAUUUCUACUCUCCUUGUUCCCUUCCUCACGACGGAUAGCGCCUCAGCGACAGAAGAGGAUCGUUGGCUUAGUAUCGAAGCUUUCCAAAUCGUCAUAAAAACCUGGAAUCCAAUCACUGAACUUGUUGCUGCUGAAAGAUCAAUGUGGUGUGUACAAGCAGCACUCUCGUCACCACCCCCUCUGCGCACUCGUAUUCUGAGCAUCCUAUGGUCAAUCACUGUCCCCGAAGAAAGCCAUUACCCUGCAUCCAAUGCUAAAGUUCUUCAGACCCUCCUUCAUGGCCUCUUCUUGCUUCUACCUUGGAUCAGUACCCAAGGCGCAGACAACGAGGAUAGUAAACUUCUGUCAGAGAUUAUAUCAGAAGUUUGCGCAGGUAGCUGCGACCAGUUAGAUGAUCUUUACGUUGAGGAAGAGUACAAUGCGCUAUUCGUAGAUGCUGAUACUCCGCAACGUAUCCGAGACGCUGUCGUCAUCGAGGCGCUUGCUAGAUGUCUAGAGUUCUCCCCUGAUUCGACGAGGAGAUGGCUUCUCAAGAACUCUGUUGAAAAUCUUUGGUCGUUGCCAGAGGAACCGUUUUUUACGCCUCUCCUGACGGCAAUACAUUCUCGCGCCUUGCUCAGUUUUACUCGUGCGUUGUUGGCGUUACUCUCAUCAACUACCCACGAUACGAAAUCGUUGCGGAAUGAUGCGCAUCUUGUCGUACAAGCGUUGCAAAGUCGAGUAUUCCCGGAGCUAACAUCUAUCACCAAUCAUACUGCUGAGGACGCCAAGAGAAAUGUUGUCUCCAUCACUUUCAGCCUUGUCUCUUCAGAAGUGAAGGAAUUAGUCGAUUGGAGCAUUUCGACUAUGGUGGAAUGGUACAGGCAAAUACCUGAGUGGAAAGAUUGUUUUGCAAAGAGUUUCGAAAGCCUUAUUUUGGAGAGUCCAUGGAUCAAUUUACUCAAACUACUACCUCCCUUGAUGCGCUUAUUGCCGGAUGAUGUGCGAAAGCCACUGACUGUCAUUCUGCUAUUUGCCCUGAACGAGCGACUGGUCGAUGAACCUCCGCCCUAUCCUUGUCUUCCAUUAUCCUCCCUCUUAGAUUCGCUCUCCCAGUCGUACCCGCAAAUAUUCUACAAACCCUUAUUCCAAUGUGCUGCUUCCACUAGAGAGCAUGUCGUUGUAAAACAUCUGUGUACACUUACUGCUCUCGCACGAUUCAUGCCGGAUUUUUGGAUUAGAGAUGCAGAGAUGGUGUCUAUAGCAAUCAUGGGUGACAUGGGUAUGAAAAGUCCAGGUUCGGGAGCUACUCAGGGAAUUCCCGGUGCUGUAGAACAUUGGGGCACGGCGAGAUUGGGACGGUCUGUGUUGAUUGUGGAGCUUAUAGCUCAACUGCAGAAUAUGCGUCGUGUCAGAGAAAAUUCCACCAAUUCAGCAUCGGAUACUGCAUUUAUAGUUAUGGCUAAAUUUGCAUUGUCAUUAGAGCAAAGAUUAAGCAUUUUGAUUGAGACAAAGGAGCACACCAGUUUGAUUCCUCUUUCGCAACGGCUUCUAUUUUGUAUGCUGUUCAGGGAAAUCAGGCUUCUUACGCGAUCACUCAAGAGUGCACCAUGGCUUUCUCGAUUUGUGGAAUGGUUUGUGAGCUAUAACGAGCAUACAGAUGACGAUUCGGAUAUGGUCGCAUUGCGUGCUACAACGCAAGUCAAGGCCCUCUACGCUCUUGCUCAAACGGGCGGACGCCCUUCGAACACUCGUCGAAGUACUGCUAUUCUCUCUCCAACGCCGACUUCUGGUACAUUCGUAGAUGAAAAUGUAAAAAAUAUUGGAUUGGCGGCAAUCUUUGCUCAAAGAAUUCCCAUAUUGGAAGCCAUGUCUAAAGGUUUCGAAGCAAGAGCUCUGAAGCUCUUGGUAGCCAUGUCUAGUUUGAUUCAUUUGGACGACUAUAGACGCAUUGGUACCAUUCUUUGGCAACAACAUCUGGAGGAUAAUGAUCCUAGAACUUUGUCUUCGAUCUGUUUUCUGGUGAUGCAGUGCGCAGAGAAGAAUCCUCAUGAUCUUUUAGCUAACAUAGAGAUUGAUCUUCAAAGCACCAGUGAUGAUACUCGACUCGCCGCUAUCCGAAAAGUGAGCACUCUGGCUAAUUCUCGUUUUCAGAUCAUGUCACAGCAUGUAAUCGCCGAUCGAGCACAUCGUCCUUUCAAGGUCGCUCGACCACCUUUACCUUUUGUAACCACAGAUAUAGGUUCCGGGACGUUUGUUCUUGAACUGGACCCAAGUGAGGUACAAGAUAAACUUCCUCUGGAGCUACGGAAGAAGUUGGCUGAGAUAGGAUGGGAAGACGGUGGCUCACCGGUCAAUCAGCAAUUAGAAUGGAUCAGAACCCCGAUGUCGAAUCUUCCGCCAUUGCAGGUGGAGAAGCUGGAUUCCAGCGGAAAUGUGCCACCUUCUCCCAAUCUGAGCCCCGUAUCGUCGCCCUCUAGAAGUCCUAUAUUAGGAGAAAAAGCUGAAGAACUCGGUCUUCUUCGUCGAAACUCAACCUCCGGGGGACCUUUAUCUGGAUUCAAAAGGCGUGCGAUCUUCGUUCCUUCUCUUUUACAGAUCCUUCCGCGUAUUGCUGCAAUGACGUGCGAUCGCAGUCCAGUAGUCGCGCAUGCUGCUCGAACCAUGAUACUCGACUUGAUGCGUAAUGAUCCCGGUCUGCUUACUAGACCUGUUUGGGAUUUUCUCACUGGAGAGGGUCAGGAUUUGCCUAUUGCGGUCACAACCCUACGAGCAUUCCUCCAUUCCCGACGGGUACUCCCACCAUCAAUGGCACACGUCAUGCUCAAUACCCUUGCCGGGUUUUUGAAAGAUUUGGCGAAGCACACCGAGAAUGCACAUACACUUGAAUAUUUUGCACAAACUGUACCCAUCAUAGCAAAACUUGUCCCUCAAGUCUAUGAGAUGUCUGUACGAGACUUGCGCCGCAAUAAAGUGGACGUGUUUCUCAUUCCUUCCGGGUCCCUCUGGUUUUCGUCUCCCGCACCUCCUGGACCAAUGUUUCCUCGGGGUCCGGGCGUUCUCGAUAACCCCUUUGAUGAUUGUACAACCCGUAUCGUCUCGAUUACUCUCAUUCGGAUAUCCCAGAACAUGUUAUUCUUUGCGAUGCUUAAGCGGAAUCCAUCUGAAGUGCAGGCCGUACGCAAGAGCAUGACCAAACUUGUAUUUCCAUCCUUGACCGGAGCGGAAGAACCCGAUUUACAGCUCAGAGAUCUUGUACCAUCAAAGAAGCCAUCUGUUGCCGCUAGUUCGGCCAUCGAUGUCGAGAUUCGAGGACUAUCUUUGACCCUGUCACGUAGUUUUAUCCUUUUGGUGGCGCAGAUCUUUCGUUGUCUGUCCCGGCAUUUGAAUGACAGAAACGAGCUUUCAAUUCUCGUUGAAUCAUUGAAUCGAAUACUUCUGGCUCACGGAAAUGAUGUCGGUAUUGUUGCUCAAACCUUGAUCGCUUUAUUAGUUGCAAGUACUCGGUUCAGGCGGCUUUUUGCUUCAGGAGGUGGAUAUACUCUAUUCAUGCCUGUUCUGUUCAAAGUAUACGCAGAGUCGGAGGCUCACCAUGGUAUAAGAUGUGCCAUAGAAUAUGCUGUCAAUCGAUUCUAUGCAUACCACGAAGAGACUUUUGUCUUCCAGAGCUUGGAUGCUAUUGCGCAUGUCCUGGCUCUUCCGGAUAUCGAUCGGACGUGGAUAGUCAGGAAUAUCUAUACCCUUUUUGCAACUCUGCGCCGAAACACAUCUUCCAAUGAGCCAGAUAUGGCUGGUAUCCACCACGCCAAUAAAGAUGAAGAACGGGAGGCUUUGAUGGUACUUACUGCGGAAGAGAAACCACAGGCGUUCUUUGCCUCUCUUCGAAAUACUGGAGGUCAAUCCCAAUCACAAUCAAUCAAGUCGCCUAUUGCAGUUGAGCUCCCUGUCGAAUACGAGAGCAAACGUUUGGAAAUGAGCAACUUCAUCCGUUUGUUCCUUACAGUCAUCGCUCAUGAUCUAUCGAUUGCACGUGCUGAGCAAUUUUUGAAGCUAUUCCGAUACCUGGUUCCUUCAUUGUACGAGACCUCUGCCUCUGCGCGAACUGUAUUGAAGGAUGGUUUAGUGGCUCUUGGAGCCAUUUUAUUACGACCAACAUUGUCGAAGGCUAGAGCUGCAGAGUAUAGUCGACAAAAUGAUGCUCAGUUCGAAAAAGGCUACCCCUCAGAAAUGCACUUGGCGGAUUUGUCGAAAUUGCCUAGUGAUAUGGCCUCAAUGCGAAUGGAUUACCUCUGGUCCCUGGUGUCAUUCGCGGAGAUCGGUGGUGAAUUGAAUCCUGACACUGUCCGCACUGCGUUUGAUCUUGUGAAAACCAUACUACGAGAAUCCCCGACUACUGCACUCUAUGAAUCAAUAGCUUCUUUCCUUGCCGCUUUCUCUAAGCGUUCGAUGGAAGGUGGCAAAAGACUGAAGACGGUAGUUCAUUUUCUGCGCGACCUGGCUCCAAUACUCAACGAGCACGCUCACGCUAUUGACUUCACAGAGGUAUUUGAUACCGUCAGUCAGCUUUCAAAGAACCCAAUGUACUUCAACGACUCCAUCUUCUGUAAUUUGGUUGUGAAUCAAAUUUGUGCUGCUGGACUGAGAGCAUGUGAUGCAGCUGCCUCGGAAGAUUCACUGCAGUCCCUUCCCGGUCGGCGUUCAUUAAUCUCGUUAAUAAAGAACGCAAUUCUUCUUCCAGGAGCAGACAUAUUCAACCAAAUUGAGGGAUCCAAAGCGAGCCAUAAUUUCCUAGCAUUGGUAAUCUUGCCUCUGGCAUUAACCAUGAAAACUCUCAAUGAAAUGAAUUCUGAUGGCGCGCAACGUGAUCCAGUCCAGCGCGCUUUACAAGCCCGUGCUUGGUCUCGUCUACUUCUAUACGUUAUCUCCUGCUGUAGAAAGACUCAAGGGAAAGGUUCCCCUAACCUCGAACGUUCCAAAUCGCAGGAUAAGCACAACUCAACGAUAGGAUACGGGACACACCUUCCUUCUUUGUUGGUGGCUCUGCAAGUAAUCAAGGUCAUUGUUAUUCGUGCUGGGGAGGAUUUGAACCAUAGCCUUCCUGAUAUGUGGUUGCGGUUGGCCGUUUUUCUCAGAGAGGUUCUCGGAGACGGGAAUGCUGAAUUUAGUCUUCGAUCCGAUGAAAAUUCUCCCAAUCCUUCUCCGACUCCUUCACCUAGAAGUAGUGGUCAAUUUAAUAUCCCUUUCCUUCGGCCAAAUACAGCUAAUUUUGGUGUCAGCCGGGGAUUUAUGAGUCCUCGGAUAGUUGACUACUGCUUAUGGUCGUUCCUUGAACUAUUGUGUGUUUACCGCAAUCCUCUAUUCAUCCAAUUGCGAGCUUUCGUACAUGAAAAAGUUCGCAUUUUGGACCAGGAACUCCGAUAUCAACAGGAUUCACACACACCAAUUAGCUCCAGGGCACGAAGACCUUCCUCAGUGUUUACAAAAUCACGUAGACGCACAUCCAAUAUUUCAGCAAGCAAUUCUCCCGAAGCUUCCCCGCGUUUAACCAGCCUUGCCACACCGGACUUGUCCUUUUCUGGCAAUUUCUCAUUAUACCAGAACUUACCUACUCCCUCCGCUACAUCAAAUUCCCCUCUUCGUGAAUCUUCUUCCCCGAGUGCUCCGAGACCGCGGAUUGUCCAUCUCGGUUUGGUAUCGAAUACGAACACUUUUCGGCGAUCCUUGUCUCCUGGGGGAACUAGUGCCAUGCGGCACAUGGUGAAGUCGACCAAGGUCAAGUCCCUGAUUUUGGUUCGCAAAACAUAUCUUCGCAUUCGUGUCGUACAAACUUGCAUGGGAUAUCAAAGUGAACUACUUCCGCUCCCCCAGACUUCGAUUGACUCGGCUUCUGGAAUGGACGACAUUCCUGUAGCGACACCGUGGACCAAACGGCGGGCUUUACACGAGGUGGUUAAUGAGACUCGGGAGCUUCUGGUAGAGUUUGAUGAAACAAACGAAUUGGAAAGCGAAGGUGUCCUUAUCCAGGAUAUCGACGCAUUGCAAUGACUGGGGGCUAUCGAGAAUCGUCGUGGAUGAGCAAUGCGAUGUCAGGAGUUAGCGCCGGGGCGCUUGUAUCAAAAGGAAAGAUAGCCGUGGGAAUAGUUCGGGAGGCAUGACUGGCGGUUCCUCUUUGCCGCUUGCGGCCAUCCCCGGUCAUUAUGUAGAUUGUAGAAAUGUUAUAUGAUUCAACAAAAGUACAAA